AUGCCGUCCAUGCAGAUCUACGAACAUGGUUCUUUCCCCGAAGCACGAGGCCUCAUCUACGAUGAAUCCGAAAUGGCGCUCUUCCGCGCAAAGCUCUCCUACCAAUCAACCAUUGACGCCCGCAUGGCAUCGAAAGACCCCAACCUGGCAGCGAUCGCGGAGACCCAAGCCCGUAUCCUCAAGCGCUGGGAAAUGCUGAAACACAUGGAUAAGGAGGCGACGGACAACGGGACACUGGAUCCGACAAUCAAGACACAAAUGGCACAGCAUGCAUGGAGAUAUAAACAGCUGGAAGAAAUUCAGCAACCUGCGAAGCAUACCAUCAUGGCACACGGAGUUUAG